AUGUCUACAUACCCGUUGAAUAUGAUGUUGCAACACUUGCUAACUUACGUACGUUCAUUUUGCUCAAUUCGAUAUGUAGUUAAAUUUUUACCAACCGGUUCGUUGGCUCCGAGAUUAAAUAUUUAUAGUCAUGUAUUAUUAAGUAAAAAUGUAAAACAGUAUGAUGAUUGUGCGUGUUCGUCAUCAGAUUCCAAUGUGUUAUAUACUUCAAGUUAUACAGAUCUUAUUGACAGUAAUGAUGAUAAUUAUGACGAACAAAAUCGGAAUUCAUAUCUAACUUCUUCACCCUGUUAUAAUGACAAUCGAAAUACUGUUUUAAAUUCAUUUUCUAUUUCUAAUUCACGUAAAAAUUUUAAAAAUGAUCAAGAAUCUAAUAUUCCAGUGUAUUAUGUUGAUUCAUUUUCCAAUACAUAUACUAGUUUCCCAAAUUCUGAAAUAAAAUCUUUAAAAAACAACACUGGUGAUAAUGAUAGUCAGAAAUUAAUUAUAAAAUCAUCAAACAAAUUACAGUACAAUAAUUAUAGAUAUCGUCGAAAAAAUAAAAGAGGAAAGCGCUUUAGAGAUUCUACCAAAAAUAAUGGCAAACUGUAUGAUAAUAAUAAUAGUACUUCAGACACUACAAACACCUCUGAUGAACAUUUUCAUUCAUCAUCUAGAUCAAAUCGUAUUUCACAAUUGGAAGCCGAACUUUCUCGUUUAAGAUCACAAAUUGCUCAAUUAAUUUUAGCCCAAGAAUUAGGUAAAUCAAGCACGUCUGACGUAGAUCGAGAUCGUUUUCUUCAUCGUCCAGAUGCAGAUGGUGAGAGUGAUACUGCCACUACUACUGCUGCCAUCGCUGCCACAGGAUCACCUAUUCUGAUGCAACAUGAUAAAACAAAGUUUUACAACAAUCUGUCAGAAUUUCCUAUUCCUUCAGUUAGUUCAACUUCAACAUCAUUAAUACUACCUCCACCACCAAUACCCCCUCCACCGCCGCCACCACCACCACCGCUCAUGAUUUCUUCACCUGCACUACAAGGAGGUAGUAGUAAUUGGAGAGAACAAUUGCAAGCAAAGCUAAGAAGUAAAAAGAAUAAUUCCACGGAUAAAACAUCUACACCAAUAAAAAGUAAUUUUUCGACGUCACAAAAUCCCGCCGACAUGUCACAAGUAUUGAAAGAAUUACAAAGUGGAUCUAUUAAACUACGUUCAAUACCAAGAUCACCUGGUGGUACACCGAUAAAACAAAAACAGUCUCCCACAAUCAGGUGAGGAUGUUUCGUUUAUGUGGUGAGAGCGGAUUUUCAUCGCAGUUCUAUUACCAUUAAUUGUGUUCAUUUGUUUUUUGCUCUAGUGGCUCUGAUCCAUGUGCAAUUAUCGCUCGAGCACUACACUCUAAAUUUUCACAUCUUCGUUCUAUAAUGGACAAUUCUAUUAGUGAUGAAGAAAAGAACUGUCAGUCGAAUAUUCAUCUUGACUCUGGUUUAGGACCUGGAUGUGAAGAUAUUUGGUCACCCAAACGUAAACCCAACGGUUCUCCCCAUUCAUUGAUUUUUGGCCAGCACAUUCUCCGCCCAGUCAACCGACGUACAGACAAGACCAAUUAAAACAUCCAACUCGGAUUCCUACGAUGUACUAAUUGGAUGCUAUGACUUUCACAAUAGUUAUUAUUUUACAGAUCC